AUGCCUUACAACAGCCGUCCUCACAUUCACAUUGCCCGGUCUGCGCUUAUUAUAGCUCGCCACGAGUCUUUCAACGCGUUCGAGGGGAAAAUAUACAAGGUACCCCCCUUUCAGAAGGACAAGCUCCUUAAAAAGACCGACAGCGCCGUCUUGUGCAAACCAAAAGACUGCAAAGACUGCACCCGCAAUCCCUGGGGAAAGUCAAUCUACCACGCCGACUGCUUCAUGCUGUUUAACAAGUUUUGUCUUUCCGAAGACAAAUUCUGCCGUCUCUUUAUGGCGGCCCGACGAACUUCUGCCGUUGAGGGCGUGGAGCAGCUGGGUGAGCUCUACGACCCCGUCGCCUCUCAGCAGCCCAACAUCGUCUUUGAGCUCCUUGGUCUUGCUCGGCUGCCUCUGACGGUGUGUCGCAAGAUCUGGUCACUCAACCCUACCUCGAAGCACAUUGUCGCUAGAUUCUGCACCGUCUUGCAGCUUGCCGACGAGCUCAACUCGGCCCCGCUGGUUCCGAGCAACUGCCCCCUCUCUGAAGUGCGCCUCUUCAAGCGUGGCCAGGACAUCAAGGUCGACAAGAACAUGGGAGCCGAGCGCCCCUACGUCCGGGUCAUUGAAGACUCUCGGGGUAUCAAGAGGAUUGAGAGGGUCACGACCCAGAAGAAGUCCAAGCUCCAGGCUGAAACGAGCGCCUAA